GGAAAUCAAUCACAUGGAAUGCCUUCGGAUUCGGACAUUAUUACUACAUUAGACAUCGUAUGACACCAUAGGUCCUCACCCAUGUGACCCAAAUCAAAUCUCUCGUGGCGUUUUCCCAAACACCCUUCCUUGUGAACGAACAUACAUUCAUUCAUUUCUUCAUUCCCAUCCCAAUCACUUUGAAUGCUACUGUUCUCUCUAUCAUACCAACUUUUAUCUUAUUAGCCACCCCCCCACCUGCUGAUUCAUCAUGUUUUUCUUCAGGAAUUUGUAUCUAUGUUCAAAACUGAAACCAACAAAUCUAACCAGUGUCUAGGGUUAGUUCGAGCAAAAUUGGGUAUGAAGUUAGGUCAAAUUAACCAAGAUUAGCUGGAAACAGACCAAAUUGUGUUUUAAUGGAUAUGAGGAGGAAUUCGUUAGCUUGUCGAAAUUUAGGAACUUAUACUAGCCCAGGAACACCUGAAUAUCAUAACCAGGACAUUAAUGGAGGAAUACUACCGAGAGGAUGGAGCUCCGAAAGAGUGACGUUCUCUACAAACAGUGGUAGACGCCAUACAAACAGCGUCUCUGCUUUAAUGCCUCUGAGUAGUGGAAGAACUCUGCCAUCAAAAUGGGACGAUGCGGAAAGAUGGAUUACCAGUCCGAUUUCUGGGUUUAUUGGAGGAAGAGUUUUGCCUGCACAAGCUCAGAUACAACCCAUGUCAAAAAGCGGUCCACUUGGUGCUCAGGACGAAGGAUUCUCGAACUAUUCUCCGUUUACAACCGGUGUUCUUGUAGCAGAUGGUCUUUCAAUUCACUAUAGUGGCCGUCAUGGUAAUGGGGUUUACUGUAAUCCUCUUCAUAAUGUCGAACGCCAUGGUUGGUCAGAUUUGUUGAGCGAUAAUGGAACAGAUGAGAAGAUUGACGGAAGCAAGGAUGAUCAUGAUGAUGACGAAGAGGGUUUGGUUUCGCGUGUUGUUUCUAGGCGUGAUAUGGCAACACAAAUGAGUCCUGAUAAUAGUAGUAAACAUUCUUCUUUUUCUACUUCCCCACCAGCCAUUCUUACCAUUGAUGAUGAUAAGAAUAAUAAUAAUAGUGAUUCUUCAAGAAAACUCGAAAUCAGAGAUGUGCAGGUUGAUAAAAGAGCUAAUCAUGUGACGAAACAGUCAAAAAAGUUGAGAAAGAACAACAAUUUGGCUAGUGAUGAUUUAACUUCCUCUUGGGAAAUUGCUGAAACAGAAAAGAAUAUUUCUAGAUUCCAAAGAGAGGAUGCCAAAAUCACUGCAUGGGAGAAUUUGCAGAAGGCAAAAGCAGAGGCUGAAAUCAGGAAGCUUGAGAUGAAGCUGGAAAAGAAGAGAUCAUCUAGGAUGGAUAAGAUCUUGAGCAAACUAAGAACUGCUCAGAUGAAAGCCGAGGAAAUGAGGAGUUCUGCAUCUUCCGACAUUUACACAAGUCAGGCUGCUUCCCCACCAAAGAGAAGUUUAUUCAGUAGGCAUUUCUUGAAGGCGAAUGUUUUGGGCAGUUGUUUCGCAUCUCGUGUGCUUUGACCUUAACCACCUCACAUCAAAAUAUUGAAUUUCACGGGUUCUAGCAGCCAGAUUGUUAUGCAAUUCUGGGCUUUUGCAGAUUCUGCGUCGAAAACCAUUCAAAGGCUUAGAUGCUCUCGUUUUGAUGCAGAUUGAACAACACCAUCUUCUAAAACUCCCUAGUCCUAGUGUAUCUAAGUAUUAUGUCUAGUUGAUGAUUUUGACAUGGUAAUUCAAGAUUUUAUCAAAUUCAAGCAUAUAUUUUGGUUUGGUAAGGUUUCA